CGAUUGGUGACCUCACAACUCGUCUAUCAAACAGAACCGCAACAUCGUAGUGAUGCUCUACCCGCCCAACUCUGAGCUCCAGAAGCAUUCGUCUUGUUUUGCAGCACCAUUUGAUUGAUACCCACACUUUGUUCCAACGUCUGCAAUUAAUUCCACAGAUCCUCACAAUGGCUGCGUCUGUAUCGAGGAAAGACCUUCUUAAGAAGGUGUACAACAUGGUCCCACCCAUGCUUGAGAGCUUUCACAAGGGUCAACUCGGUCGUGUAGCCGUCAUCGGCGGCAGCGAGGACUACACAGGCGCACCCUACUUCUCCGCCAUGGCGUCUGCAAAGCUCGGCUGCGAUAUGUCUCACGUCAUCUGCGAACCCGGCGCCGCCGCUGUGAUCAAGACCUACUCCCCCAACCUGAUGGUGCACCCGAUCAUGCGCCAGGAGAAGAACGCUGCGCAGUCUGAGAGCGUCGAAUCUGUGUCAGCCGAAGUCGUCGGGAUGCUGUCUCGUCUACACGUUAUCGUCAUUGGCCCCGGUCUCGGUCGCGACAAAUUGAUGCAGGACACAUGCGCGAAGGUGAUUGAAGAGGCGAGGAAGCAGGGCAUUCCGUUUGUGCUGGACGCCGACGGUCUGUUCCUGGCUCAAACACGCCCGGAGCUAGUUGAUGGCUGCAAAGAGUGCAUUCUCACACCCAACGUUGUGGAGUUUGGGCGGUUGGCGAAGGCGAAGGGGGUUGAUGUCAAUGAGGGCGACCCAGCUGAGCUCUGCUCUAAGCUGUCCAAGGCAUUUGGUGGCGUCACAAUUGUGCAGAAGGGCGCUAAGGACUACAUUUCCAACGGCGAGAACACACUUGUCUCAGAUGGUGAGGGUGGUCUGAAGCGCUCUGGUGGCCAGGGCGACACUCUGACGGGCAGUCUGGCGACACUACUGGCAUACCGGAAGGCAUACCAUGACAGGAUUUGGGAGCAUGACAACAGCAUGCAGAGAAGCGAGACUCUGGCUUUGGCUGCGUAUGGUGGUAGCUGCAUCACAAGGGAGUGCUCGAAGCUCGCAUUCAAGGAGAAGGGUCGUUCACUACAGGCCAGCGACCUGACCGAGCACGUCCAUACUGCCUUCCUCAACGUCAUCGGGGAAAGAAAAGAGACUCCACAAUUGUAGAUAGAGGUGCAGGAGAUUGGGUCGUAAUAAUAUAGACACGUCCUACUACGCUCGGGAAAGUAUACAUGAACAACGACGAAAUGAAUCUUCU